CCAGGAGCCAGCCUGCACGUUGCAGACAGUAGAUACUUCUGGUUCCACCACACCAACGGGGACACCAUGUCUGUUCAGAGCCCCAUAGAGAUGAACCUGUGUUCGGCCCUGUGGGCGGUGGUGGCCUACGUAGUGGCUGACCUGGAGGAGAUGCUGCCCAGGUAGUCCACUAGGACUGUCCUGCAUCCUAAACGGCACCUUAUCCCCUGUGUAGUUUUGGGAGAAGAAUGCACUAUAGGGAAUAUGGUGCCAUAAGUCCUCCAGAAGGGCUUCCUGCAGUAACCUCUCUGUGAAAUUAUACCCCACUCUGGUUAAGUGGCUAAAGAAGAAUUAACAGUGUGUAUAAACCACACAAUGUACAAAAUGGAAUUAAGUAUUUCUGGCAUAUUAUUUCCAGUCAAUUUCUUUUAUAAUGAACACAUAUGUACUGCAUGUUUCAUGUUGACUGUCAUUAUGUCUAAUCUGCCAAUAAAGCUGUGCAAUAAUUA